AUGAAUCCCGCCAACUCCAUCACUUAUUUCUUUAAUUCCAAAACCACUAAACUCUUAAUCAACAAACUAAAACAAAACAAUUCCAGACCCAAUCACACGAGAUGGAUCUCUCCGAUAUCGCUCAAAGGCUAGGCCUCUCAGAUUCCAAGCAAUUGAUCCGAAAAGCCGCUGAGUUUCGCCGGCUUUGCGACGCUCAGUUCGAUUCCUCAGUUAUCGGAGUCGGAGAGAUCUGUAAGGCUAUAAUGUGUCUGGAAAUCGCCGCCACGAGGUUUGACGUUAUAUUUAACCGACAGACAGCGAUUAAGAUGAGUGGAAUGUCUGAGAAGGCUUAUACCCGAUCCUUUAAUUUGCUACAGAACAGCAUUGGUUUCAAGAAUAAGUUGGAUAUACGAGAAUUGGGGAUUCAGUUUGGGUGUGUUAGGCUCAUUCCAUUUGUACGAAAGGGCUUGUCGCUGUACAAGGAACGGUUUCUUGCUUCGUUGCCAGCUUCCAGGCGGGAAACUGCAGACUUCACUCGCCCUGUAUUUACCGCUGUUGCAUUCUACUUAUGUAUAAAAAAACAGAAGCUGAAGGUAGACAAGCUUAAGUUGAUUGAGGUUUGUGGCACAUCUGAAGCUGAAUUUACAAGUGUUGCUACCACAAUGAAAGAUCUAUGUCAUGAUGUUUUUGGAGUCGCAAAGGAAAAGAAAGAUCCUAGAGAAAUAAAAGGGAAUCGAGAAUUGCUUGAUGUCUUACCGGGAAAAAGGAAGAUUGAAGAUGGAGGAUAUCUAUCUGAUGAUGGAGCUGAGGUUUCAAGUUACAAACGGCAAAAAGGAAAGGAGAAAGUUGCUUAUGAGGAGUGGAAAUCCCGUGUCUUGUCAUCAAACAAAAACAAGGCAAAAGUACCAUGCAAGCGAACAACGCAAACCAGCCUCAACUUUCAGAAGAAAGUUGCCGAGAUUCAGGAGUUGGAGGCAUUGUAAGAUACUGGCAUCCUUUUGGUGAAUCUUUUGGAUUGUCCAUGCUGGAAGCUCACAUGGGAAGACAGGAAAUGAACAUAAAGUGCAAUUAUUGAUUAUGCUACAACUAACAAUAUAACUGCUUCGGGCUGGUGGUAUAUUUUUGUUAUUGGUGCUUGCAGCAUGUGCUCAAUAGAUCAUGAAUUGGAAUUUCUGAGCAUUGAAGGAUUAUUCUAAUUAUUUCUUCAUAUCAAGUGACUGUAAAGCUGCAGUUUUGCAUAUAUAUUAUUAUAGGAUCUCCUUUUCUUCAUAAUGAAA